AUGACAAGUGACAAUGUAAAUGUCGUUAUAUCUGUAAACCGUUUCGACAUUGAGCCUACAAAUUUUACAAUAAAUAAUGUACCUAAGAACACGAGCAUUGGCCGUAUCAAAUCAGAUCACUUUUCCAAUGAUAUAGUCUCAUGCAACAAUAUUAGGUUCAUUUAUAGGGGGAAAAUUUUAGAUGAGUCUACACAGAUUAGUAAAGUUGAAUCGUUUGAUGGGAUGAUCAAGCUCAUUGUCUUCAUAACCAAGCCACCAGUCAUAGAUAUUAAUAGUGGUAAAAAUGAAUCUCGUAUUUGGAGCACUUUGGGCUGUAUCACAUUCAUAUUUCUACUGUGGUUCUACAAGUUGAAAUUCUCUGAUACCUUUAAUUGGACUGCAAACACCAUUUUUUAUAUCGCAACCACUUUAACUCUUCAUACUAUAAUUACAACUGCUGUAAGGCGUAACGUCAGUUGA